UUUAUGUCUAAAUUCACAGUUUAUAAAAUCUCUUUGGUCUUUUGGUGACGAUUGACGAUAUCGACGAUACUAUUGUGAUUUUUGUUAAAGAAAUUAAUUUUCUGUGUUAUUAAGUGAUUAAAGAAUUUGUAAUGAGGAAAUUAGAUUGUCAAGAGUUAUGGGGAGCCGACAGAUUAGAAGCUCAGUUAGAAGUCGCCCGCGAUGGGCUUCGUGGUCUCGAUCGCAGCAUUCGUAAAAUCUUGGGCCGGGAUAUUCCUGAUGGUGAAAGCGGUCCAUUGCAAUCUAGAAUACCUCAAAAACGACUAUUGCAAGAAGAUCGUCGAAGAACUAUAACAGAGUUUGUGAAUAAUGAACUGCCUGGAGGCAAACGGCGCUGGCAAGGGAGUUCAAAUGUAGAACCAAAAACAGUUUUUAGUCGAUUAAGUGCACGCGUUCCAUCUACUGCAGAUGACAGUGCUGAUGAAGACGAUAGCAUUGCUAAGCCUGCUGUAUCAUCCAGAGUAAUAGCCACUCCUCGAGAAAUUCCUUCGCGUCAAGAGGUUAUUAGACGAGAAAGAACAGAUGAACGUAGUCGACAAAGAAAUAAACGUAUGUUUGGUGCACUUUUGGGUACUUUACAAAAAUUUAGACAAGAGGAAACUAAACUUAAGGCAAAGGAAGAUAAAAAGGCAGAAGUAGAAGCUAGAGUAGAAGAGGCUAGACGACGAGAGAAAGAAGAACUACGAAAAGAGAGACAACAACUAUUUUUAUCACGAAAACGACAAUUGGCUGAAGUACGAGCAUUGGAAGCAAAGCUCACACGUAGUCGGCAGUUUCAAGAUUGGCGCAAUGCACAGUUGCCCCUUGUUUCUUUUAUAAAAACGCAUGCACAACCUUCUAUUUAUUAUGUACCAAAGCGUAAACAUCCACAAACGGACAUGUUACUAGCGCAGUCCACAAAAGAACUUCAUGAGGAAAUUGAAAGAAGAGAAAAAGCUUUGGUUGAAGAAUUAAAUCUAAUAGAGGUUCAGAUAGGUUUAGGCAAACAUUCACAAAACUUUGAAGCAUCUUCAUCUUUACAUACUGUAGAAGCUGCACCUUUAAUACAAGAGGGUGAAGAAAAUCGAGAUCCUAAUCCAGAACAUAAUAUUGAGACUGCAAUCAAUGAUAAUGCUGAUAUUUCAAUACAGUCUAUAAUAAAUGAAAACUUUGAUAAUGAUCAUACUAUUGAGAAAAAAGAAGAAGUACAAUUGGAAAUAAUUCAACCAGAAGUAAACAAUGGCUAGAAUAAAAAUCGCUAUGAUAAAAAGAGUUAUACAUAUUAAUAUUAUAUACAGCCGAUGGUCCAACAUAAAAUGAGGAUUUUCAUAGUAGGUUCUUUUAACAUUGUUUUAUGAUUGUACAAUUAAAGAUAUUCCUAAAAGAUA